GAACUAAGGAAGAGCCUACACUGGGCUUAAUCCUAAUCCUAGGAACUAAGGAACUGGGCUCAGUCCUAGGAACUAACGAGGAGCCUACGCUUGACUCAGUCCUAAUCCUAGAAACUAAGGAAGAAGCUACACUGGGCUCAGUCCUAUUCCUAGGAAUUAAGGAACUGGGCUCAGUCGUAGAAACUAAUGAGGAGCAUACGCUGUGCUCAUUCCUAAUCCUAGGAAGUAAGGAAGAGCCUACACUGGGCUUAAUCCUAAUCCUAGGAACAAAAGAAUUGGGCUCAGUCCUCGGGACUAACGAGGAGCCUACGCUGGACUCAGUCCUAAUACUAGGAA